CGGGGAGCAGCUGACAGGAGGGAGGAGAUCGGUGCGAGGGGUUGGUGUGUCGGGUUUCCAGGCAGGGCACGUGUGGGCAGCGAGAGCCCCGAGCGCCUCCGCUGCUCCAGCAGCUCCCGCCGAGCCGGGGCCAUGGGGCAGGUGGCUUGGAAGGCUCUGUUCCUGUCUCUCUUUGACUACAAGACCGAGAAGUACGUCAUUGCCAAGAACAAGAAGGUGGGGGUCCUCUACCGAGUGGUGCAGCUCUCCGUGCUGGCUUACCUGGUGGGGUGGGUGUUUGUUGUCAAGAAAGGCUAUCAGGACACAGACACAUCUCUCCAGAGCUCUGUCAUCACCAAGCUGAAAGGGGUGGCCUUCACCAACACCUCGGAGCUGGGGGAGAGGCUGUGGGAUGUCGCAGACUACGUCAUCCCUCCACAGGGUGAAAGCGUCUUCUUUGUCAUGACGAAUCUGAUCGUGACCCCAAACCAGAGACAAGCCACCUGUCCUGAGAGUGCCAGCAUUCCCGAUGCCCUGUGCCACAGGGACGAGGACUGCCUGGAAGGGGAAGCAGUGGUGGCUGGCAAUGGGGUUAAGACUGGCCGUUGUUUGAAAGACAGGGACAGCACCAGAGGGACUUGUGAGAUACUGGCCUGGUGCCCAGUGGAGAAAAGAUCCAAGCCCAAGAAACCCCUUCUUGGCAGUGCAGAAAACUUCACUGUUUACAUCAAGAACUCAAUUCGCUUCCCCAAGUUUAAGUUCUCCAAGAUGAAUGUGCUGGCAACUGACAACGAGUCCUACCUGAAGACCUGCCGCUACAGCGCGGAGCAUCCCUACUGCCCCAUCUUCGUGCUGGGGAACAUCGUCCGCUGGGCUGGGGGCAACUUCCAGGAAAUGGCCUUGGGGGGUGGUGUGAUAGGAAUUCAGAUUGAAUGGAACUGUGAUCUUGAUAAAGCCCCCUCUGAAUGUAAUCCUCACUAUUCUUUUAGCCGGCUGGAUAACAAGUCUGCAGAAACGUCCAUCUCUUCUGGGUACAACUUCAGGUUUGCCAAAUAUUACCGGGAUGCUGAGGGGGUUGACUACCGGACGCUCAUUAAAGCCUACGGAAUCCGCUUCGAUGUGAUGGUCAACGGCAAGGCAGGGAAAUUUAACAUCAUUCCCACCAUUAUCAAUAUCAGUUCGGGGCUGGCGCUCAUGGGAGCGGGAGCCUUCUUUUGUGACCUGGUGUUGCUGUAUCUGAUUAAGAAGAGUAAUUUUUAUCGAGGCAAAAAGUACGAGGAAGUGAAGUCCAAUUCCAGGAAGUCGUUGUCGAGUCCCACACCCAACGGGAAUCAGAGCCCGGACCAGCUGGGCGGGCUGUGAGCACAGAGAUGGCUCUGCCAGCUGGACUUGUGCUCCAGGAGAACCACACAGGUGUGAAACCACACCAGCACCGGGAGGUGGAGAUCAGGGAUACUGCCUGUUACCAGGAUUCCCAGAGGAAAAAAAAAAAAGUGUCCUAUAAAGACUGCCCUUCUUCCCUGAGAUUUCCCUGGUAUCCCGAGCUUGCAACAGUGUGUCGUCGCUAUGGAUUUAUAAAAGGAUUUUAUAAAGGGACAAAGAAGGCACCAAAUGAAUGUUUUUAUAUCCACUGGUAGAUAUAUCUGUACCUACGCCCAUAGCCAGCGUUGUCCCGUGGCUGUGCUUUGAUUCCACGCGUGGAAGAGCUGUGAUGGGAACCACCAGUGGCACUUUGAGAAGGGCUGAGGCUGAGCUCCCACCUGUCUCCUCCUCCACUGCCUCCCAGCCACCGCUCCCAGCUCCAGAAAAAGCCUUCCCAAGGUGCUCCGCUCGUCUCAGGAGCAGCAGGAGCAGGUCCUGCCCAGAGAACCAUGGCUGGGGCUCAGCUGCCUCACCUGCUGCCCCAUCCCUGCCCCCAGCUGCCUCAGACAACCAACAUUUCAGAGCCUGCAGGGCUCUGCAGCAAGGCAGGACAGACAGCUUUGGGGUUCCUAGUGAGAGAAAGGGGGUUAAUGCACUGAAAAGCAACACAGCCCCAGGAGCACCUGCACAGGGGUGGGUUUAGGUUCUGCCUCCUUUGUUCAGUGCCCGGUUUCAUUUGCUCUGUAUUGUCCUUCCUGCUCGUGCUGGGGAGGUCUGGAUGGGGCACUUAAAGCUUCUGUGUUUCUCACAGUACCCUGAACUGCACUGCAGAUGGAAGAGGGGAGCCUUGCCAGGCUCCCCCAAAUACACCAACAGCAGGAAAAUGUAAAGACAUCUGUGCUACUUCAACAUUGGGAACUUCCAGGAAAUACAAGUGCUUCUUUGUUUCUCAGUAGAGAAAUCAGUCUCACUGCAGCCCAUUUUGUCAGUUUAUGCUCAUGUGGAGAUGUAACUAAUUUCAGAAAAGGGCUUAUAGAGCAUCAUUGUUUGAAGUUUGCGUUUUCUUAAGCUGACAGGAACUGACUCACCAGCUCCUGAAGACAGCAGUGAAUCAAUAUUUCUGCCUCAUUUAGAGCUUGCACAGCGUGGCUCAGCACAGGCUGAGCAGAGUUCUGAAGUGCUGACAGUCACCACUUACUGGGAGUCCUUGUGAUAACUGAUUGAAUGUUCCUGUGCACUCUCUGAAUUCCAAGAUUUAAAGGGCUCCUGCUGCAGUGUCCUUACACAUUUCUGGACAGAGGGAAGGUGGCCUUCAGGGAGCUGCUGCCAUCGAGUGUCUGCACAAAACAGCACCAGCAGCUGCACCCACCUCUGCUGUAACUUCUUUGAAGUGGUUAUUCUGAGGUACAGGUUGAUUCUAAAUUAAAAUUCACCUCUGUUAGCAGUGUCAAACUCUGAAUCCAGUCGUUGAUAGCAACUCCACCCAGUCUAGUUCACUCCCUCCCUCUGCUUCUGUGUAUUGAGUGAAAAAUGUAGCUAGAAAAUAGAACAGUGAGGUAAUUUAGGAUAAGCUGUGUGCCUCUGACCUCAUCCUAAACCUCUUCUCUAGGCAAACACCACUCACCACGUGUGUAACUGCACUAGUCAGGCCUUUCAGAGUUACAACAGCCCAGGCUUUUGACUGUCAGGGGUUAAUUCCACUUGAGUCAUUUUUAGAUGGUGAAAUACACAGUGAACCCCACAUGUGGCAUCAAGCCCAGGCACAACCCAUGGAGACCAAGUUGUUCAUCACACCACGCAAAGCUGACUGUGCUCUGCUGAAACCACUGUUUUAACUUGACAAAACAACCUCCUCUUGUCAGAGGACCAAAGCUAUUUCCUGAACUUAAAGUCCUGAGGCCUCUGAAAUUCCCUAGAACGUUUCCCUUCUUCAUACUGUUUAACACAAUUCCCAACAACCCUUGCUGUUAAUAAAACAUUGCCAGAUUCCUUCUCAGGAGCUUGUU